AUGACACAAGUUGUGAAGAACAAUAAAUUAAAUUACGAGGCUUCACUUAAGCAAGUAGACAUUAUGUAUCCGCCCGAACUUAAGGAUGCGGUAAAAGCUUCUAUUGAAAAGUGUAAAGACGUCUCCAAAAAGUACAAAGAUUUGUGUAAAGCGUCUUACUGGACUGCCAAAUGCAUUUAUGAGGACAAUCCAAAGGACUUUAUUUUUGCA